AUGCCUCCUCGACCCUAUGAAGAUUAUCGAAUCGGCUGGAUAUGUGCCCUAAGCAUAGAGAUGGUGGCCGCCCGAGCGAUGCUGGAUGAGGAACACGGACUGAUCCGCGGACAAGGACAAGACACAAACACGUACUACGGAGGACGCAUACAUGAUCACAACGUUAUCAUAGCGUGUUUGCCCGCCGGGGUCAGUAGCUUGGUCUCCGCCACGCAUGUUGGGAAAGACAUGAUUCGCACCUUUCGUGAACUGAGAUUUGUCCUCCUCGUUGGUAUCGGCGGAGGUAUUCCCGACUUACCCACCCAUGAUAUCCGACUGGGGGAUGUCGUGGUCAGUCGACCAGGUGAAUCCCACGGUGGUGUCACCCAGCUCGACAAAGGAAAAGCCAUCCAUGGUGGCAUUUUUCGACGCCAGGGAUCUUUGAACGCCCCACCCAACACCCUUUUGACGGCCAUUUCGGCUUUGGAUGUGGAGCACAGGCUGAAUGAUGGCAGCACGAACAUAUCAAACUACCUCUCAGAUAUCCUCCGCCGCGGCCCUCACAUGAGAAGCUAUGGUUAUCCAGGCGUCGAAAAGGAUCGUCUGUUCCACGCCGACUACCCCCACCCCCCAGAAAACCCUACUUGUUCGAAAUGUAAUUCCGCCCAUGAAAUCCACCGAAAACUUCGCUACAAUACCAUCCCACAAAUUCACUAUGGGGUCAUAGCUUCUGGGAAUUUGGUGGUGAAGAAUCCCGUUUACAGGGAAGAACUACGCCGAGAUGCCAGCGCAUUGUGCGUCGAGACGGAGGCCGCAGGUCUGAUGAAUAUCCUUCCAUGCCUGGUGGUGAGGGGGAUUUGUAACUACGCCGACUCCCACAAGAAUGAUAUUUGGCAUCCAUAUGCAGCUGCAACUGCCGCCGCUUUCACAAAGGAGUUGCUUUUGUAUGUGUCGACGGAUCAGACGGAUCACGAAGAGCCCAUCAGCGAGAGUUUAGGCCACAUUCAACAAUAUAUCGAAUACCAGGAACCUUUCCAAUGUCAAGAAGCCAUGGAGCAAACGCGAGACAAUAGCCGAAUGCUUCAAGCGAACCAAAUCUAUAAUCUUGAUGCGUACGAGGAACAAAGGAAUCAUUCGCGGACCACAUCCGCUGGUUUACUGGAAGAUGCGAAAUAUUGA